GAUUUGUUGUGCUGCCUGUCGACCAAAGACGAAGCCCAGAAGUUCCACCGGAAAUACGAGAAACCGAUUCGAUUGGGUUCCUCGGAAUCAUAUAAUUCUCGAACAGGUUUGCCUAAUACAUAGUAGAUAUGUCUGUUGCAUUGACACCUGCUAAGAGACCACAUGAUCGGAACCUUACAGAGCCAAAUGGAAAAGGGAAGUGGCAAAAGACGCAGAAUCAACCUGUGAAAUUCUCUCCUGGGACUGUCGUCUUCCGUUUACUCUGUCCCGCUUCCAAAACUGGUGGUGUUAUUGGAAAAGGGGGCAGCAUUAUAUCUGAAAUUCGGCAACAAACUGGUGCAAAGGUCAAAGUCGAGGAAACUGUCCCUGGUUGUGAUGAGAGAGUUGUUGUUAUUUCAGGUUCUGAUAAAGAGGCCGAGGUGACAGCUGACCUGGGCCAGAAGGAUGGUGGUGAAGAGCCAAAAAUGGAUGAAAAGCAUGACAAUGAAAUAGAACAGAGUGAGAACAAUGAAGAUAAAGAAUCUGGUCCUGUGGAAGAUCCUAAAUUGGAUAAGGGAACUUCAUCUGUGCAGAAGGCCCUGUUACUUGUUUUUGAGAGAAUAAUAGAAGGAGAUAUGGAGACAGGUGGAGGGGAAGAAGACAGUAAUAAACCUUCAAUUGUUUUGAGGUUACUCGUGCUUUCCAGUCAAGUGGGCUGCCUUUUGGGAAAGGGUGGCAGCGUAAUCAAGCAGACGUCAGCUGAAAGUGGGGCACAAAUACGGAUUCUUCCUAGGGACAAACUUCCUCAGUGUGCAUCAGUUGCUGAUGAAUUAGUUCAGAUCACUGGGGAGGUUGAUGCAGUUAAGAAAGCUCUUCAAUCUGUUUCGCAACAACUUUUGGAGAAUCCACCUCGGGAUCAUGAUCCCUCCUCUGCCAACUCUUCAGGGCCACCAUCUCAUUCAUUUGGUCACUUUCAUCCUAGGCCAGAUGCAUAUCCACUGCCCAACCGUUCUUUUGCUCCUCCUGGAGUACCUUAUUCUUCUGGACCUCGUGAUGUUGCUGAUUAUAAUUCUGCUCCUCCUCCUCUGAUUGCUAAAUAUCACGAAACUGGUAUCCCUGGUCGAAUGAAGCCUGCACAGGAAGUAUUAACCUUCCGAUUAUUGUGCCAUGAUGAAAGAGUAGGUGGUGUGAUUGGAAAGGGAGGAGCAAUAAUAAAGACUCUUAAGCAGGAGACAGGUUGUGAGAUCAAAGUUAUGGAAGGUGUGUCUGAUUCACAGGAUCGCAUCAUUGUCAUAUCUGGUGCAGCGCACCCUGAUGAUAGGAUAUCAGCUGUGCAAGAUGCAGUUCUUCGCGUGCAGACAAGGAUAGUCAGAGCUGUACCAGAUAAUAAGGAGCAGAGCAUAUUAGCAAGGCUUCUUGUUUCCUCCAAUCAAAUUGGCUGUCUCCUUGGCAAGGGUGGUUCCAUCAUAGCUGAAAUGAGGAAGUUAUCUAGGGCACAUAUUCGCAUAUUGGGGAAGGAUCAGAUUCCAAAGUGUGCUUUAGAAGAUGAAGAAGUUGUUCAGAUAAAUGGAGAAUUUGAUGCAGUUCAAGAGGCUCUCUUACAAAUAACGACGAGGUUGCGGCAUCAUUUUUUUCGUGAUGCGUUUCCUUCUAUUAAUUAUUCUUCAAAUCCUUCGUUUCUGGAUCAAGUAUCUCCCUUCCCAUCAUAUAUGGGAAGGAGGGAACUUUCACCUCCAGGAAUGUAUUCUAAUCUGGGCCCAUCAUUUCACAAGUUUGAUGCCGCUGGUGGCCCACCUCCACAUGGGGGUUUUCUUGCCCAUGAUGAUCGUUCCCCCUUUAUGCACAAUAUUCAUAGACUUGGUGCCCCCCCUUUUUUAUCUGAAAGAAAGCCGUGGGGUCCUCAGGGACUAAUGGAAGGUGGUGGCCCUAUAGGCUUGCCAGACUUUGCUGGAGGCCCCCAAAGAAGAUUUGGAGGAAGCCAAGCAACUAUUAUAACAAGCACCACUCUUGAAGUUGUUGUUCCUAGUUCUCUUGUUCCGAUAAUCUAUGGAGAAGAUGGUGAAUGUUUGAAACAAAUUCGUCAGAUCUCUGAUGCAAAAGUUGCAAUUACGGAGCCAAAGCCUGGGGCAAUGGAAACUGUGAUUAUAAUAUCUGGAACACCUGAACAAAGCCAUGCUGCACAGAGUCUUAUUCAAGCAUUUGUAAUGAGUGAGGCUGAGUCCAGUUGAUCUCUUCAUUCAGGUGAUACUGUUGAUGAGCAUAUCCAUUUGUUCAUUAGCAGAAAACAUAUUGAGGAUCUUGAAGACUGGAGAUUGCGAGAAUUCUAAUGGUGCUGUUCUGUAUAUGGUGGCUUUUAUUGGUUUUUUGCUUUAACGAUUCCGGUUGGAGGAUCCACCGCCAAAUGGUUGCUGAUUGCAUAGGUACAUGCUGAGAGCCAUUUAGGUUGUGAUUAUCUAGCAAAACUUAUGGCACAAAUGAGGCACCAAAUUAAACAUGCAAUGUUAUUAGCAUACUUUCUUUUUUUUUUUGUUGGGUAAGUGAAGAUAAAAUUAGUUUUAUAGAGCAAAAUUCUCCCACCUUUGAAGUGCAUGAUUCUUGUAACUGCUAGAAUUUUAUUCUUAAGCAAGCGGAAUAUUAGGGUUCAUAUGUACUUCAAAGUCUAUGUAGGCUUAAUUCCAAUGAAUGGAGGAACAUUGAUGCA